AUGAGAGAAAUCGUACACGUACAAGCUGGACAAUGUGGUAAUCAAAUCGGAGCCAAAUUUUGGGAAGUGAUUUCCGACGAGCACGGAAUUCAACCUGAUGGAACCUACAAUGGAGAGAGUGACUUGCAGCUCGAGCGCAUCAAUGUCUACUACAACGAGGCAAACGUGUCUGUUACCAUGUCCGGAGUGACCACAUGUCUCCGUUUCCCUGGACAGUUAAAUGCUGAUCUUCGCAAGCUUGCUGUCAACAUGGUGCCAUUCCCACGUCUUCACUUCUUCAUGCCCGGAUUCGCUCCACUUUCUGCCAAGGGAGCCCAGGCGUAUCGUGCAUUAACUGUUGCCGAGCUGACCCAGCAGAUGUUCGAUGCCAAGAAUAUGAUGGCUGCAUGUGAUCCAAGACAUGGAAGAUAUUUGACCGUUGCCGCCAUGUUCCGUGGACGCAUGUCAAUGAGAGAAGUCGAUGAUCAGAUGAUGAAUGUUCAGAACAAGAAUUCGGCAUACUUUGUUGAGUGGAUUCCAAACAAUGUCAAGACUGCAGUCUGUGAUAUUCCACCACGUGGACUGAAGAUGUCGGCCACUUUCAUCGGAAACUCCACCGCAAUUCAAGAGUUGUUCAAGAGAAUCUCGGAACAAUUCACUGCUAUGUUCCGUCGCAAAGCCUUCCUUCACUGGUAUACUGGCGAGGGAAUGGACGAGAUGGAGUUCACUGAAGCCGAAAGCAACAUGAACGAUUUGGUAUCCGAGUACCAACAGUAUCAAGAAGCAACCGCCGACGAGGACGGAGAACUCGAUGGAACCGACGGAGACGCUGAAUAG